AUGUCUGCCGAGGACGCUUCAGGCGGCGACAAAGCGCCUGCGUCUGCACCUGCGCCAAAACCGGCGGCGGCGACUUUCAGUUCCUUCAUCAAUAAAAACACGACAGGCAAGAAAUUUGCACCCAAAGCCGCACGACGGAGACCUGGCGCCGCUGCUCCUGCUCCUGCUCCUGCCCCAACCCCCACGCCUUCUGCUGCGCCAGAGACACCGGCGGCGACUGCCGAAUCGCAAACUUCACAGACUCAACUCGAGACCUCGCAUGCGCCCGUCACUGAAGCUCCGAAUGUCCUACAGUUGCCCACACCAGCUGCCACCCAGGAACCCGCAGCAGAGACUGCUUCUCAACCCGCCCCGAGUACAGCCGAAUCCUCAACAGCGCUUCCACAGCCAACCCCGACCCCGACCCCCACCGAACCCCUCCCCACCCCAGCGCCUGCAAGUACAGAGACUCAGACACAAGCAGCUAGUGAGUCUCACGUUGCUGUACCGUCCUCGACAGACCCAGGUCUCACCACUCAAUACUUGGAGGAUGCGGGAAGCGAUGGUAGGUCACCUAAGAGACGUCGCAUAGAGGAGCCAGAGGUCGAGGCUACAGUCGAUACGCCAGCACCAGCAUCAGCAUAUGAUGGUGGAGAACAAAACAUCGACCCCAAUCUCGAAGCCUCAACUGCAGAUGCACAGGCUCUUCCACAACCGCGAAAGAGGAGGACGCUUCCUUGGGCAGCGGUGAACCACCCCCCAGAGGGCGAAGAGGACGCUGCUGCUGCGGAGCCAACCCGGAAGCCUCGCCAGCCGCCGAAGCCGCGAGCAAAGAAGAACGUUACAGCAGAUCCGGAUGCAGACCACGUCGCACAGGAAGAUGGAGACGAGGAAGAGGCUCAGCCCACCCGGAAGCGACCCGCUGCCAAACCCCGUGCGAAGAAAAAGGCCACCGAAGCUACCGCCCAGGACGGCGAGGGAGUCCCUGCCCCACCGAAGAAAGCCAGAAAGCCAAGAAAGCCUCGGGAAGCCCUAAGCAGCGAGAUUGUCCAAGGCACAGAAGACGAGGUCGGGCGCAUAGCCGAUGACAUCGUGGCGGCAGCCACGCGUCGCAAGCCAAAAGCAAAGAGAAGGAGGAAGGCCACUCCUGAAGGCGACGAAGUCGAUGGUAUUGAAGGUGAAGAAGGCACAAGGAAAGAAAAGAAACGGAAGGGAAGACCGCCACGAGAGCCCACGCCAUCCGAUGCCGAAGACCAGACCAUCGACCCUGAUGUCACUUACAUGGAUUCUCUAGCAGCUCGGACUGUUCGCAUUGGAAAACUGUCUGCGCUUGAGAAGCAGAUGCGUACCAUUGACUGGGAUGCAGUCAAGCAACGUCGAAGAGAGGAAGACAACAAAAAGGUCAUCUCGAGGGAGGAACAAGAGAAGGCCGACGCAGCCCUGGCUGCUGCGGGGGCAGAGCUGGCGGCUGCACAAGUCGAGCAGGGUCCUAGAUUACGCUUGAAUGCAGACGGCGUCAUGGAACUAGUACCUGACUCUGGGGUAAUCGAUCGAGAGGGUGACGCAGACCGCAUCAUCAACGAAAUGGUUGUCACAGAAGACCAAGAUAUCACUGCACGUCUCACAACCCGUAGCUUCAUGAAAAACAACAAGCGCUUCCCUAAUGAGUUCCUUCUGCCUGGCCAGGGCCGACGUUGGAACGAUGUCCUCACAAAGAAAUUCUACGAGGCCCUCGAGUCUUUUGGUACAGACUUUCAGAUGAUAUCCCAGAUGUUUCCAGGUUUCACACGGCGCUCCAUCAAGACCAAGUUCACCCGCGAAGAGCGUGAAAACCCGGACCGUGUGAGGGAAGCUCUCCAAGGAAGAUGCAAGAUCAACGAAGGCGGAUGGGACAAGUUCUUGAUGGAGUCGGAGAAGACGGAAGAGUCUUUCGCAGACGCAGAUAAGAUCAAGCGCGAAUUGGCCGAACACGAGGCGGAGAUGCGAGAGAAAAUCGCUGCUGCACAAGCAGAAGCCCAAGAGAGGAAACGGCAACGUGAGAUUGCCGGCGUUGAUGCAGAUGGUAACCCGCUGGGUGAUGGAACAAACAAGGAGAAUGGCAAGGGAAAGAAGAAGAGGGGGAAGAACAAGCAGGUCGCCUUCCAGGAAGAGCAGGGUGUGGAGAUUGUUGGAGAGAUUGGCGAUGAUGAUACUUGGGGCCAGGAGUAA